AUGAGGAACUGGAGGGAAUUGGGAGAGGUUCCCGAUUCGGACGACGAAAGCUUUGAUGCCACGGAGUCCCACGGCGAUGACCCACCUGACCAGCUGCCCCGAGAAGACGUUGACGUGCCACGAGCGGAAGAGCCGCAGCCAAAGUCGGCCAAAGAUGGGGAUGUCUGGAGCGUGCCGAGUUCCUCCCCGGAGCCCGUCUCGGCAUUUUGCUCCGUCACACUGGAACAGUCAUCCCAGGUGCUGAGCCAGCCCCCUUUGCCUGGCCGAUCGUUGUCGAAGCAAAAUGAGCCAGCAGGACCUUCUAUUCCCGCCCAGAAACUCGACAAACCAGCACUGCCGAUGGGGAAACGACCUGAUAUCGGCGCGGAUCCUUUCUUGGAGGACGAGAUUUCGACUGGCUAUGUCCGGGUUGCCGCCCAAUCUUUCCCAGCAUCUUCCCCUCCGAGUCUCCUAUCCAAAACCCCGACACCUCCCGGCUCUCCAUCGCCACCUCCAUCCCGUACCACAUCGCCCCAUGCCCGUCCUAGCCCGCCCCGGGCCAACGGCGCAUUGCCCGACGACCCUGAUGAGCUCUCAAGACAGACGGCUGUCCGGUUAGAGCGCUCACUGCGGCCACGGAAACCCAUCCAGCAACAUCCGUACCUACUCGAAAAUGCACAAUAUACAGUUUUCAUGAAAUCACACGGAGUGAAGCCCAUUCGGGUCAUCCCUCAGGGACAGCCAGGACGUCGGAGAGCUGAGGACGACUCCCAGGAUCAGGAGUUCCAGGCGGAAGAAAGUCAGAAUACAAGCAGGGACGGUCUGGGCGUGGUGGAGGAGGACUCUCCUAUCCUCUUUGAUGACGAGGACGAGCUGGUACUCACCCCUUCACUUCCGAGAACAUCCCCCUUGGGCCAGCCUUUGCGGACUAGCAGUCAGCAAACCGACGCAGACCGAACAGAUGCCACCAGUCUUUCCGACGAGGAUCUCCCUCCUCUCGAAAGGCUUCGGCCGUUACCUGCGAAGGAGCGGCGGCAGAUGCUGAAGCGUCAGCGAUCUCAGCCCCUAUCUUCUGCAAAACAGAAGAAGGCCCGGUCCAUACUCGACUCAUCACAAGGAUCCUCCCCACAACGUCUGGAGUUGAUUCGAGCUCCGUCUCCGGACGUAUGGGAUCUGUCAUCUUCCCCCACUGGGCCUAAGUCACCACAAGAGCCCUCUCGACCAUCCGAAACGGCGCCGAGAUUGCCUACGUGGAGGCGCCCGAGCACACCGACAGCGUCCGUGCAGAGACCUACCUCAGCAACUGGUAUACCGACCAAGGGGGCUGCAGGUUUCCCGAUCGUGAUUAAUGAGGAUCCCGAGGGCGAUCCUAGCGAUGGAGAGCCGAGCGCCACUGCUCACAGUUCUGAUAGUGACUCGGAUGCGAUCCGUCAACACAGCCGCAGGAUUCGCGGGGUACUGCCUGCUUCAUGGCUCCGACUAGACCGGCAUCAAGAGAAACAGGCACCCCGGAACGCGAGGAGACGAAGCCCCGAGCCUUCUCCCGAUCGAGGAAUCAAACGGGGUGUGGCCUUGCCACGCCAAGGCUCGCCCAAGCCGUCGAGUGCGGCGCCUUUGGUGUUGUUUGACGAGACUGAGGAGUCUGACAGCGAGCCGCCAGACCAUCGACCUCCGGCAGAUGAUCUGGUCCCAACUGCUCCAGUAGCUGUCAUCCUAGACGAGGACGACGGGGCGUCGGUGGUAGAGGAGGAUACCAUUGAUUGGAUGCUUCCUGGGAGGAAGAGGGCUGGGCCGCAGACUGCAUCUACUAGGGCGAAGAAGCAGAAGCGAAGCAUGAUGAAGUCCAUCUUUACUGGCGUUUCCAACCAGCCUUCUCGGCAACCCAAGAUCACCCAAGUGCUUAAUCGAGCGAAGGGACGCUCGACCGGUUCGGGGUGCCGGAAACGGGAUGGCUCUUCGGCGCACCGCGGAUCCAGAAAACGCGCAGCUACUCCACCACUUUUGAGCAUCUUGGAUGUAGUUGAACCUGACGCCCCGAGGUUCGUCAAGCUCGCCGCACGCGCCGUCAAGAGGAAGGCGAACUUGGGAAAGACCAGCCCGUCAAAGAAGAUCAUCAACCUUGCAACGCGGAGCGACAAUCUCGACGCUCUCUCAGUCCUCCGGGAUUGGAAACUGGGAAAGACGAAACCGAGAAUACCGGUUCCGAAAUCCACGGAAACAGGAAAGCAGAGCAGGAGGCCGGCUUUGCGCGAGAUACCAAAAAAUACUGCCUUACGUCCUCCGCGGACAUACCCUCAGCAGUUAACUCAGCAGAGCAGCCUUGAUUCAUAUGUCACUGUGGACGGCGGCAAGGGCCCUCAGGUGCCGCUACGACCUUCCACUUCAGUUCUUCAAAUGCGGAAGUCGUUUGAGGUCCGCCGGCCUAGUUUUCACCCUGCGCAGCUCGAAGCAGAUGAGGGCGAGGACAAACGGCGACAACUCAGCUCUCGGAAGCGAUCCUUGGACGCCUUCUAUAGGAGAACUCGGAGGACGCCGGGUUCAACCACAGAUGAUGGACUGGAUGGUGUUCUGGAUGUCAACUUUACGCUCCGAGGACCCGUAGUUCUAGAACAGAACGGCGGUGAUCAUAUCGAUGUGGAAGGAAGUCCAACCAGCACGAGGUUGAAAAAAGGGGACGCACGGUCGAGAUUCCGGAAGCGGCGACGUCCUCAGUAUGUCAAUCUUGAGGCUCCGCAAUACACUCGCGCAAACGAUCCCUUGCCGGCGGACUUGUCUCUCAUCGAGACUCAAGAGAUCCAAGAGCACCAUUCUCAGGACAAGCUCAGGGGACUCGGACCCUACGGGACGCAUUACACUCACCAUUUCGAAACUUUCCCGCUUGACAGUGGCGUCUUCUUUCAUGAGAGCACCGUCAUUGGCCGCGGACUGUUGCGAGAUGCAAUAGAUGCUGGGUUGCCUGGCCGCAUCCGACACCACAGGCCGGCCACGUCGUUCACAUUGGAUGGGCAAGUCCUGCGAUGGGGGGCGUGGGAUGACAACACGUCGUCUGAGUUGGGCAUACUCGUUGACUGGGUCGCCGAGCAAAUGACAUACAGACCAGCGACGGGCGAAGCGUUCGGCAGAAGGGCAAUCGAAGCAGCAGACUUCGUCCUUGGAUAUAUACUCCGUUGCGUGAGUGUCCGCAGCGAUCUGGAAGAGAAAGCCUUUGUGUCCAGGUGUUUCGAAGUCUUCUCCAGCUUCAUCAGCCGAUUCGAAUCAAAGGAAUGGAGUGCUACUCCGGGUGAUUCUAAAAGGACACACGUUGAGGUUCUCGUCCGCUUCUCCGUGGCAAUCCUCGCGGUGCGCUCACUGAGCAAGGCAUCCGCCAAUGGCCCUAUCGGAUCGCCGGGACUCGAUGGCUUGCUGGAUAAAUCCGCCUCAAUCACCAUUCGGCGUCUCCUGGAGUGCGGUACAGAAGAGCUCCGGACUCUCUAUGGUGACCUGCAGCGCGCCACCUUCAGAGAGCGAGGGAUACGUCCCGAUCGGUUUGUCGCGAACUGUUGGGUGGUGAUGAUGAAACUCCUGGAGAACGCGGCUCUCCCGAGGAGAUCCUUCUGGGAUGUCGCUCACUCAGUCAUGCUCGGCCAAGGUGUCGCAUCGGGUUCGGACGCGCUAGCAUUUGAGUCACUCUGGCAAAGCAUGUUCACUUUGCUGCCGCUCUGCGAGAUCGACGAUUCCGGUAUUCUUGUCCCGGGACUGAGGCACACUGCCCCUGUGGAAGGGUGGGCACUGCCUCAGCAGCUAUUGAAGCGUGUCUUCCAGCUGUACCAAGGGAAUUCUCGUCAGCCGCCCGGUUUCAAUGACUACUGCCGGGCCCUGGUGGCGCGUUGCCAUUUCCUCGUCCAACAGUGGGGAUGGCGCAAGUGUACUGGCGUCAUUGGGACUGUUUUCGACUUCUUCGGCUCCCAAGGCCUUGCGCACUUGAGGAACGAAGAAGUAUACAAGUCCCCCCGGUUUCUCGAAGAACUGGGCGGCAAACCGUCCCUGUCCAUCGAGCCGGAGGACCGAUGCUUUCACAUAUUCCUCAAGCUCCUGGCUCUCACAAUCCAGCGCUUGAAGGACCGCGGCCGUGUAAACGACAUCAGGAACCUUGUGGCCAGGACGCUUCCUAACCAUAAUCGACAAUAUCUCAAGGAAGACGUGAUCCAUCAGCAUGACUUGGCGGCGCUGAGGAACCACCAUGACCUCCUAUGUACCCUGUUCUGGGUUUCACCGCCCGAUCUGCGGCCGGCCGUCCACCUGAUCGAGAAGCUUGUCGUCCCCGGGAGUGCACACAAGGAAGCAUGUCUGAUCAACGUUAGAGCCUGGAAUCAGCUAGCUCGGUUCGUCAUCUCCAACGGCGAGGGCGUUGCGGCCUUUAGACCGCUCGCUGCUUGGCGCAACAACAUUUUCAACCAGGUUCUGGACCAAUACCUCUCUGCCGCUUCGGAUAUUGAGCAGCAGUUCCAGGCGUUAUCUACCGAGAUUCCCGGUAUCAGCAAAGCAGUCCGGGACGACAUGAUAGCCAGGAACAAGGCGACAGCCCUUGAUGUGCUCCAUUUCUGUAUGAAGGCCUCUUUUGAUGUUGUGGCGCGAGCUCCGACGCUGGAGGCAGCCUUAUAUGCUCUCGGCAUAGCCCAACUCCAAAAGAUCUUCACAAGCCUUAAUUAUCAAUCUCCCGGAUUUGACUGGAGCAUCGUCCGUGUGGGCCUCGAGACGCUGGAGCAUUUCGUCGAACGGAUUGACCGAGCCUCUGAGCAGCAGUACUCGAGUGAAUUCUCUCACAAUGUCGAUAGCGCCCAUAUAGAGGACGCCGUACUGCUGGUGAACGAACGACUGACCAAGGACUUCUUCUGUUUCGGCCGCACUAUCCUCGCUCUUCCUCUGGAACAGUCCUCAAGGCAGCACAAUCAACAAAAGGCGUGCGCCGAGAAAACCGUUACCUUGGCCGCAAGAAUCGCCGCUAGGUUUGUCAAGAACAGGAUUACGCAACUGUUGCCCUACUUUUCUCACGGCAAGUGCGGGCUGUUUUCUGACCUGCCGAAGAAUCUGACCACGCCGGAAAGAAGAUAUCUCCCCCUCUUCAUCGCGGUUCUUGUCAAGAACCAUGUCUUUGACUUCAAGGACCUUGGCAUCGACAUCCUGGGCCAUUGGAUGCUAUCUAUUGUUAAGCCGCAGAGGCUGCUGGGCUACGAAAAUUACCUGGCAGACGUUCUCCAGCGCAACGGUCUUCCUUUCUUGGAGAAAGCCACGGUUGCAGUCGGGAUCCCUCCGGAAUACAGCUCAAACCUCGACUUUUUCGCUUGCGCUAUUCGGUACAUGCGUCAAUCUCUGCGCGAGUCGGCGCCGUCUGUACAAUCCCGACAGUACCGAGACGAGUAUUCGAAGACCCUCCAGCUGGUCAUGCGACGGAUGAAGGAGGACUUGGCUCUCCUGCGGCCCUUUGCCAGCGAACACGGGGUGUACGUGGAUUUCGUGAGGCAAGUCAUCUCUCUGAUCAAGUCUCACGGAGUCGGCAUCCGCGCCCUCGACCCCUUCUUCACACAGCCAAGCGUCGAUUACUCCCCUCCCGUGCAGGACCCGCAGCUUCAUUCAGCCGGCAUUGUUGCAUACGGCGUCCGGCUGAGCGAGGCGGACGUCCACGCGGUGCCGCAGCUCUUUUACUACUUGUAUAACAACUUCAAGAUUGCCCUCGGCAACGACAAGCUGGACCAAGAGUGCCGCAUACUGGGCAGGGCAAUGAAGAAUGCCCAUGUUACUUCGUUCAUGCUCCAGUUCAUGGUGCCGGCGAUCAUCCAAGCGUCUGCGCAGGCCCACGACUGCUGGGCGCUGUUGGAGGUGUACGGCGUUGCCCUUGGGAACUUGCUUGACGCCUCUUGCGUUCCGAAGGAACUUACCGCUGGUGACAUGGGGCACGUCGCGGGUAUCUUCGGCUGUAUCCUCGCGUGGUUUGACGGGAUCAAGAGCGCAGCAGCACUCUCAUUGCAGCAGCUGCACAUCAUGGCGCUCCUAGCCAUGAUCGCCAAUACGCUGCAACCGAGCACCACAACCCACCUCGUCAACGGCCCUGACUGGGCCGCCCCGGGUCUUCAGGAUACGGUUGACAGACUGUCGGGGAUGUUUACCGAGGCACGACGUCACCUUGACGAGGUCCUCUCCUUCGCAGACGAGGAUCUUGCAACGACAAGCGUACGCGUCCCGGCGUUGCUGGGCGGGUUGCUGCCAACUUCGGCUCACAAUCUGGGGCCUUCAGGGAACCCGCGCGUGCAGGAGUUUACCAAGACCAUUGUCUCGGACGUCCGUCACAACUGGGUUGUUUCGGGUGAUCGAGUCAUGGUCAGGAUGGCUUCCGGGCGAGGAGGAGGAGGAGGGGGAGGAGGCACCCCCGCGAUGAGCCAGGCGGCUUCUGCUUCGCUUCAGGGGACGAGGUAUGUGCCGUUGGAGGCCAAAGGGGUUUUGGAGAGGUUGCAUGGGCUUAUUGCAAGGUGGGAGUUGGCAGCUGCGAGGGAGGGAAGCAGGGCGGGGAUAAGGAGACGGCAGCGUGUGACGGAUGCGGAGGCGUUGUUGUUUUAG